CGGGCUGUGUGCGGGCUACGACACCCCUGCGGUCCCUUCACGGCAGGAAGUCCGUGCUCCAGCAUUCGAGCAGCGGCUCUUCGGAGCGCAAUAAGCUCAGACGACUGUUGGUAUCCGCUGCGUCUUUCCACUGAGGUCGGUGCUGCUUCUGACAAGAUCCUACGUGUUGGUGGACGUUCCCAGAGAAAACCCAAAGUCGCGAUGGAACUUGAAGGGGACCGCAAUGGAAAAGCAGGGGAGACCUUCUUGAAGCCGGACACAGCAAGUAAAAAAGAUAAGAAGAAGGAAAAGAAACCAACUGUCAGUGUAUUUGCAAUGUUUCGCUAUUCAAAUUGGCUCGAUAGGCUGUAUAUGGUGGUAGGAACUUUGGCUGCCAUGGCCCAUGGAGCUGCCCUCCCUCUCAUGAUGUUGGUCUUUGGAGAAAUGACGGAUAGCUUCGCAAAUCCGGGGAAGUACAGUCAUCUAGAUGAAGGUGGUACCCCCAAUACAGCGCACAACAACACAACAUCGUUCUCCCUGGAAGAAGAAAUGACCAGUGAUGUCUCCAAAAUUAAUGAAGGAAUUGGUGACAAAAUUGGAAUGUUCUUUCAGUCAAUUUCAACGUUUUUCACUGGUUUCAUAAUAGGAUUUACACGUGGUUGGAAACUAACCCUUGUGAUUUUGGCCAUCAGUCCUGUUCUUGGACUGUCAGCUGCUAUCUGGGCAAAGAUAUUGUCUUCGUUUACUGAUAAAGAACUCUUGGCAUAUGCCAAAGCUGGAGCAGUAGCAGAAGAGGUCUUAGCAGCAAUUAGAACUGUGAUUGCAUUUGGAGGACAAAAGAAAGAACUUGAAAGGUACAAUAAAAAUUUAGAAGAAGCUAAAAGAAUUGGGAUUAAAAAAGCUGUCACAGCCAACAUUUCUAUGGGUGCUGCUUUCCUGUUGAUCUAUGCAUCAUAUGCCCUGGCGUUCUGGUAUGGGACCUCCUUGGUCAUCUCAAAAGAAUAUACGAUUGGGAAAGUCCUGACUGUCUUCUUUGCUGUGUUAAUUGGAGCUUUCAGUGUUGGACAGGCAUCUCCAAGCAUUGAAGCAUUUGCAAAUGCAAGAGGAGCAGCCUAUGAAAUUUUCAAGAUAAUUGAUAAUAAGCCAAAUAUUGACAGCUAUUCGAAGAAUGGGCACAAGCCAGAUAAUAUUAAGGGAAAUUUGGAAUUCAGAAAUGUUCACUUCAGUUACCCAUCUCGAAAAGAAGUUAAGAUCUUGAAGGGCCUCAACCUGAAGGUGCAGAGUGGGCAGACGGUGGCUCUGGUUGGGAACAGCGGCUGUGGGAAAAGCACGACGGUCCAGCUGAUGCAGAGGCUCUAUGACCCCACGGAGGGCGUGGUCAGUAUUGACGGGCAAGACAUUAGGACCAUAAAUGUCAGAUAUCUGCGGGAAAUCACUGGUGUGGUGAGUCAGGAACCUGUGCUGUUUGCCACCACGAUAGCUGAAAACAUUCGCUAUGGCCGUGAAAAUGUCACCAUGGAUGAGAUUGAGAAAGCUGUCAAGGAAGCCAACGCCUAUGACUUUAUCAUGAAACUACCUCACAAAUUUGACACCCUGGUUGGAGAGAGAGGUGCCCAGCUGAGUGGAGGACAGGAACAGAGGAUUGCCAUCGCUCGGGCCCUGGUUCGCAACCCCAAGAUCCUGCUGCUGGAUGAGGCCACGUCAGCCUUGGACACAGAGAGUGAAGCAGUGGUUCAGGCGGCUCUGGAUAAGGCUAGGAAAGGCCGGACCACCAUUGUGAUAGCGCAUCGUUUGUCCACAGUGCGUAACGCUGACGUCAUUGCUGGUUUUGAUGAUGGAGUCAUCGUGGAAAAAGGAAGUCAUGAGGAACUGAUGAAAGAGAAAGGCAUUUACUUCAAACUAGUCACCAUGCAGACGGUGGGAAGUGAAAUCGAAUUAGAAUGUAUGACUGUUGAAUCCAAAAGUGAAACUGAUGCCAUAGAAAUGUCUCCCAAAGAUUCGGGAUCCAGUCUAAUAAGAAGAAGAUCAUCUCGCAGGAGUGUCCGUGGAUCACAAAACCAAGACAGAAAUCUUACCACAAAAGAGGCUGAGGAUGAAAAUGUACCUCCAGUUUCCUUUUGGAGGAUUCUGAAGAUGAAUUUAACUGAAUGGCCUUAUUUUCUGGUUGGGAUAUUUUGUGCCAUUAUAAAUGGAGGUCUACAACCAGCAUUUUCAGUAAUAUUUUCAAGGAUUGUAGGGGUUUUUCUAAGAAAUGAUGAUGAUGAUGAAACGAAACGGCAAAAUAGUAAUAUGUUUUCACUCUUGUUUCUAGUCCUUGGGAUUAUUUCUUUUAUUACAUUUUUCCUUCAGGGCUUCACUUUUGGCAAAGCUGGAGAGAUUCUCACCAAGCGGCUCCGAUACAUGGUUUUCAAGUCCAUGCUGAGACAGGAUGUGAGCUGGUUUGAUAACCCUAAAAACACCACUGGAGCAUUGACGACAAGGCUGGCCAAUGAUGCUGCUCAAGUUAAAGGGGCCAUAGGUUCCAGGCUUGCUGUAAUUACCCAAAAUUUGGCAAAUCUUGGGACAGGAAUUAUUAUAUCCUUAGUCUAUGGUUGGCAGUUAACACUUUUACUCUUGGCAAUUGUACCCAUCAUUGCAAUAGCAGGAGUUAUUGAAAUGAAAAUGUUGUCUGGACAAGCACGCAAAGAUAAGCAAGAACUCGAAGGUGCUGGGAAGAUUGCUACUGAAGCAAUAGAAAACUUCCGAACUGUGGUUUCUUUGACGCGAGAGCAGAAGUUUGAAUCUAUGUAUGGACAGGGUUUGCAGAUACCAUACAGAAAUUCUUUGAAGAAAGCACACAUCUUUGGAAUCACAUUCUCCUUCACCCAAGCAAUGAUAUAUUUUUCCUAUGCUGGCUGUUUCCGGUUUGGUGCCUACUUGGUGGCACGUGGUCACAUGAACUUUCAGGAUGUUCUAUUGUAA